AUGCAUCCACCGACGGGGCCGGUGGCACAUCCGGGACGAGGUGAUUGGUUGUGGGCAACCGCUUGGCAGUUUGUCCGCACGAUUUCCCCGUGGGACAGAAUCAAGUGCGAUGAGGGGAAAACACUUGGCUGGGAGGGGAAGAUGCAGCACUAUCAUACGUUUGGACAAAACUUCACCGUGUCAAUUCGACGAUUCAAGGAAACAUGUCUUGUUCCUGCGGGUAGACGUCAGAUGGCGGCCAUGUCAUCCGAACUGGUUGGACAAGCGAGGAUGAACAAUGAUACUGAGGCCGCAGCUUGGAGGGAAAUGCAAAGCUAA